AUGGACGUACCAGGAACAGCUAGUGGUCCCUCUGAAGAAAGUAAGAGUAAUACUCGUAAAGUGAGGAAACCUAGAGCCACCAAACAACGGAAGACUUCUACUAAAAAUAAACCAGUUGAGCCUACAAAUCGUCCUAAUAAUCACUUACCGAAUGAAAAUACACCAGAUUUCCAUUUCAAUAUGGUAGUAUCAGAUGCUAUGGCCGUCAAUUCUCGUCAGUUAUUAUAUGCACAUGUUUAUAACUAUUUAUUACAGAACAAUUAUUAUGAGACAGCAAAAAGGUUUUUAAAGGAGGCUGAAGUACCUUUAUCAAAUUUAAAUAAUCCUAAAGCUACAAAUAAUAAUUCAUUAAAUUUAAAGGAUUUAGGGCCAAAUCAAUUAUUGAAGUCAAAAAUGAUUAUUAGUUCACCAGAUACUUUUUUAUUAGAAUGGUGGCAAUCGUUAUUGUUAUUAAACAAUUUCGUGGAUAGCACUCCUUUAGAAGAAUUAGGUUCAAAAUUGAAUUUUUCUGCUGUACCUACUCAAGGGAAAGUAGUACCAAUCUUACCUUUACAAAGAUCUGGUAAUCCUUAUAUGAAUUCGACUCAAACUCCAAAUAAUUUACAACCUAUGCAGACUCAAAAUGGACCUAUGUCAAAUGGUACACCAACUGGUAAUAAUAGUAAUAACAACAACAAUAAUAAUAAUAAUAAUAAUAAUAGUGGCAGCAAUAAUAUCCCAAAGGAAUCAACAAAUAAUCCCAAAUCGCAACCUGAUCAACAACAGCAACAACAGCAACAGCUACAGCAGCAGCAGCAACACCAACAACAGCAACAGCAGCAACAGCAGCAACAGCAACAGCAGCAACAGCAACAGCAGCAACAGCAACAGCAGCAACAGCAACAGCAGCAACAGCUACAGCAGCAGCAGCAACACCAACAACAGCAACAGCAGCAACAGCAGCAACAGCAACAACACCAACAGCAGCAGCAUCAACAGCAGCAGCAUCAACAGCAGCCUCAACAACAACAGCAUCAACAACAACAGCUACAGCUACAGCAUCAACACCAACAGCAACAGCAACAGCUACAGCAACGUCAGCAACAAAGACAUAUGAAUGCUUCAACUCAGAUGGGAAAUGGUCAAUAUGGGAUAUCCCAACAACCAAAUCAGCAGAUACCGAGACAAGACCAAGCUCAAAUGAUAAAUGGAAUGCCAAUGAAUCCUGCAAUGGUUCCACAGUACAUGCAACAACAGAUGAUGGCUUCACAAUAUCCAAAUAUGAUGAGUAUGCAACAACAGCAGCAGCAAAUGUUAAAUAAGAAUCCAAUGUUGAAUGAUAAUGGACAAGUUGUAUAUCCAUCAAUGCCACAAGACGUAAUUACUUCAAAUGACUUGCAUAAUAACUCUAAAGAUGGUACCCAGGUUUAUAAUAACUUUGAAUUGGCCCAAAAUGCUAAAGGUAUGGUUAGUUCAAAUCAACAACAACAAGUACAAGCUCAAUUUGCAUCGCAAAAGAGGAAACAUUCAGAAAAUAUGAGAAACGCCUCCCCUCAUUCACAGGUAUCAAAUCAACCUGGGAUGCAAGCACAAUACCAAACUCAUAUGCAAAAUUCCCAAAGACAAAGUAUAGAUGCUGCUGCUGCUGCCGCAGCUGCAGUAAUAUCGGCAGCACCAUCAGGUUCGCCCAAUAUUAAUAUGAAUAAUAUGCAAGAAGGUGACCCCAAUAUCAAAAUGGAUCUUUCAGACCCUGGUAUGCAACAACAAUAUAUGACAAUGUUGAAAUCAAUGUUGGUAAAAAAUCAAGCACAUGGACAACAAAACAAUAGUAGUGAAAAUGCAAUUAUUGAUUUUUCUAUGAUGAAUUUCAAUGUUCCGAACCAAAAUAAUGAUGGGUCUCGUAAUGGUUCUACAAAUCACAAUAAUGGAACAUUAAACAAUAAGAAUGGAAAACAGGGUAGUAAUAAUGGUAAUGUUAUUAAUGACUAA